UCUGAACCCUGUGUGUCUCCCAGUGAGGGGGCUGGGAUGGCCGUGUGUGGAGUCUGGCUGUUGGGGUGAGCAAGGGGUGUAGGACACUGUUGUACAGCAGUGGGACCUGAACUACCUUGGGAUGACAUCUUUGGUGUCUCAAAGGAGCACACACAAAUUGCAGGGCCACACAAAUCAGCGAGUCAGAUGCUCACAGAGCUUGCAGGGGGGGUGGAGUGGGGAGGGCUGUAGGGCUGCUCCCCUUAAAACCAGCUUUGAAGCCAAGAAAAGCACAAAGAGCCAGGAGGAGGCGAAUUUCUACUUUGAUCCUCUUGGGGCAUCCCUCUUCUCCUCAGCUGUCAGGUGCAGUAACUUGACCCUCUGAUGCUUUUGUCCAGGCGUGGGUGGGAGAAGGGCCCUGGGAACUGGUAUUAGAUGUGGCUUGUGGCACGGGGAGGCGGCAGCCAGUCCAGUACUGGCCACCCCCACAUAUCCCCAGCCCCGUCAGCCAGAGCAGGGGAUCUUAGGUUGGCUCCAGCAGGGAAUCCCCCAUUACAUACACACAGCAGGUGUUCACUCCAGCUGCUGUCCCACACACACAGGGGGGCCUGGGAUGGUGGGUGGGGGUCAGGCAGCCCCUGCCUCCCCCAGCAUUUAAAGCUGUUCUCAGUCUGGCAGGAUCAGAGUGAGGAGCAGCCGGAGGGGACGCAGCCACUCCUGCCCAACCCAACAAGGAGCCCAGGAUGAAUGGCUCGGUGCUGGGAUCACUGCUGGUGGAGCACCCAGGCAAGUGCAUGCCCAACAAUCCAGUGCAGUUUGUGCUGGUGCCUGUCGUCUACUGCCUGGUGCUGUGUGUGGGACUGCCAGGUAAUCUGCUGGCAUUGCUGGUCUUCCUGCAGAGUGGCAAAGUGAGGAAGGCCAUCCGCAUCUACCUCAUCAACCUCACACUGGCUGACAUCCUCUUCAACCUCACACUGCCCCUCUGGAUCCACUACUACCUGGCUGGGGGGGACUGGCUACUCUCGGAGGCCGCCUGUCGUCUGGCCGGGGCUGCCUACUACCUGGCAACCUACAGUGCCAUCACCUUCAUGGCACUCAUCAGCUUCAACCGGUUCUGCGCGGUGCGGGCGGCGCGGCGGGUGCUGCUGUUGACGGGGCCCCGCAGCGCUGUGCUGGCCUGCACCCUGGCCUGGCUGCUGGGGCUGGGCUGUGCCAUGCCCACCCUGGCCACUCACCAGACCUUCCCCACCCACGCCGGGACCACCGCCUGCUUUGAGCAGCACGGGCAGCAGCGGCCCUAUGCCUAUGCCAUGGUGGGUUUCUUCGCCGCCGCCUUCCUGGUGGUGCUGGGAACCUACGCCUCCAUUGUCCGGGCGCUCUCGGUGCCUGCCGCCGCCUCACCAGGCUCCCACCGGCAGCAGGCCCGUGUCAUGGUGCUGGGGAUGCUGCUGGUCUUUGUGGUCUGUGUGGCCCCCUACCACCUGACACUUGCCCCCUGGGUGGGCAGCCGGCUCCCUGCACCGCUCUGUGGGCCCCCUGACACUCUGGAUGUGCUGCACACACUGACUGUGGCCCUGCUCAGCCUCAACAGCUGCCUGGACCCCCUCAUCUACUGCUUCUCCAUUCGGCGCUUCCGCGCCGACCUGGAUCGGACCCUGCGCAAGAUCAGCCGGUGCUUCCCGCUGCCCCCGUCGGCCCCGCCCGGGCCAGUGCCUGGUGCCCGAGCAUCCUCCUUCACCUCCUCGUAGCGGCGUGGGCAGCAGGGUCCUGCCCCCGCCUGCCCUGGUGGGAUGUGGUCCCUGUUGCCAGGUGAGGGAUCAGGAGCAGCGUGGGGAGUGCUCUGGCUUCGUGCACCCCCCUCCUCCCACCCUGCUCUGCUCUUUGUGUGUUCCCACGCGCCCACAGUUCCUGCUCAAGCACAGAUCCUGCCCUCCGCGUUGCAGGCACUGGGAGGGUGUCACUGGCACUGGGAGAGCGUCACUGGCACUGGGAGAGGUCUCGCUCAGCAAUGGGAGCUGAGCCACAGUGAGAUGUGGGAAGACAGAAUGGCAAGGAAUGCUCAGUGGUUGCUGUCGUCUCCCGGGGGCUCCAUCCUGCAGGGACAUGCAUGACCGAAGACCUCCAUGGCAUGAGGUGGGCUGUUGAGGGAGCUGUUUGAGGCCAGUCCUGUCCUGCAACGUCCCUAAACCUCAUGCCUACACCCCUCCUGCUCUUGGCCAGGAUUAAAAAUGAACGAGCCAAAGGCUUCCCCAGUCUCUUUGCUGGCGAGUGCCUGUGCCCCUCAGCGAGAAGUUCCUGGAGAGCUGGAUAUGGGGCAGCCCCGGUCCCCGCAGCCCUGGCCCUGCAGCCCAGUCCUGCUCCUGGGGCAGGGCCCUGUCCCAGGGCGGCUUCUGCCCCAGGGGCUGCCGAGCCCGCAUCCCCCUGCCCCGUCCCCUGCCCUGCCCAUGGAUGGGCGGCUGUGGUGGGUGCAGCCCCCACCCUGCACCUGCCGCCCGCUCCCCAUGAGCCCCGGCGCGGCAGGGGCGACGGAACGGGCGU